AUGGUUCAAAAAAUAUUGGAAGAAGACAAAGAAGAAGAAAAGAAGUACAAAAAAUUUUACCUUAAAUCAGAAGAAGUUUCUAAUUUUGUAAAUAAUGAGCUCCCAACAUCAUUACUCUUGGCUAAAUCGAUGAUGAUGUUUAAGAGAUUUGGUUUAUCUACUAACUUCUUAAAAAUAGAUCCAUCUGAAUGGAACACACAAAAUGACUACAUCCAAGGUCAACAAAUAAUUAGGUCACUUAAGGUUGUAAAUGAUACAGCUGAACGUGGAGUGAAACUGAUGGAAGAAUUUAAUGAAAAAAUUACAAAAUAUGAAGACCAAAAACAAUUUUUAUUGAAAACUGUGCAAGAUUAUCGUCGUAAAUACCCAGGACAUAGCAGAGAAAAGUUGAAAACGCCCUAUACCUAA